AUGUCGGAUCUACCGUCAAAUAUUAGAGAUAUUAUUUUUAUUAAUGGCCUGAUUAACAUAAUUGACAAAGCCACGCAUUUUGACACACGAACAAGUAGCUCGUCACUACUUGACCCUAUUUUAGUUACAGACUCUAUACCAGUUUUAGAUAAAGACACUAUACCUGUUGAUAGAGGUAUAAGUGACCAUGAUGGAACAUAUGUCACAAUUGAUUGUGGUUUUAGUAAAAGUCGAACAUAUAUUAGAUCUAUAUGGGAUUAUAAAAGAGGGGAUAAUGACUUGAUGAAACAAAAAGUACUUAACACUAAUUGGGAAAAUUUGAUUUCUGAUGCAAGUGAUGUUCAUGUUGCUGCUACGAAUUUCACUAACACUUUUAUUAAUAUAGCAUCUGCGUGUAUCCCUACAAGGGACGUAACUAUAAGAUGUGAUGAUAAAGUUUGGUUUGAUUCAAAUUUGAGACGGGAAACGAGAAAACGGGACAGAUUUCGAAAACUUUUUAUGCGUUCACAUAGUACAUCUGCUGAACAUAAAUAUAAGCAACAAAGGAACAAAGUUAAUAAUUUAAAAAAGCAAGCUAAAAAGCAUUUUUAUGUGACUAUAAACGAAAAUUUGGAUGAACUUAAAGUUGCAAACUGUAAACAGUAUUGGAAGACCAUCAAUAUGUUAAUUAAAAGCGACAGAUCAACUCAUGAUAUUCCUCCGCUAAGAGACCCGGAUCAUAACUUUAACCUUGCGUAUGAAGGAACAAAAAAGUCUGAGAUUUUAAAUAAAUAUUUUUGUUCUAUUUCUAAUAUAGAUGAUGCUAAUAAAGAUUUACCGGAAUUUGAUGAUCGCUGUCAUGAGUUUCUUUCGCAGAUAAUUGUUAGAGAACAAGAUGUACUUGAUAUUAUUUCUACGCUUGAUCCAAAUAAAGCGGUAGGACCAGAUAUUGUUAGCAACAGAAUGUUACUUGCUGUUAGAAAUGAAAUUUCAAAACCAUUAUGUUUACUUUUUAAUAAAUCACUUCAUGAGAGAGUAUUUCCCGAUCAAUGGAAAAUUGGAUAUGUUAUUCCAUUAUUCAAAAGUGGUGACAAAUCACUACCUUCUAACUACAGGCCUGUCUCCUUAUUGUCAUGUCUCAAAGAAAUCUGA